AUGGCCAACCAGCUCAUGCGUAUCCUUUUUACAAACCUGAAACUUCCAUGUCCACCCUCUCUCCCAACAUCAUCGGAUAGAGAACUUGCCUACGUUUACCUCUCAGUCUCAGACUUCUCUGCUUGUUCGGUUCGAUCGAACAACAUCCCAUUAUCUGAUCUCUCUGUGUUUGCCAUGGAAUCUUUGCCUUCCAUCGUGACGCGUCAGAAUGUUGAGCUUCUUCACUUUGUUUUGAUACCUUUAAUGGCGCCUGGUCAUCUUCUUCCCAUGGUCGACAUGGCUAGAUUAUUGGCUCGGCGAAACGUGAAGGUGACCUUGGUGACCACACCUCUCAACGCCGUGCGAGUCAAAGCCACCAUUGAAAGAGAAAACCAGCACUGUAGCUCAUCAUCGCCCAUCGAGCUUCGACUUUUCCAGUUCCCAAGUGCUGAGGCUGGCGUGCCUGAGGGAUGUGAGAGUGUGGACGCUCUGACUUCCAUGGACGUGAAGAUGAAGUUUUUUAAAGCUCUCUGUAAGCUGCAGCGCCCACUUGAAGAACUCUUUGAAACACUUACUUCUCCUCCUCCCACCUGCAUAAUAUCUGAUAGAUACGUUCCAUCAGUGGCUUCUGUGGCGAAGAAGUUCCAAGUUCCAAGAAUCAUAUUCGAUGGAACUAAUUGUUUCAACCUAUUAUGCAGUCACAGCUUGUGCAGUUCCAAGGUUUAUGAGAAAGUCUCUGAUUCAGAAGCAUUCGUUGUCCCCGGCUUGCCUCAUAGAAUUGUAUUAAAAAAACCUCAGCUUCCCAGGACGUUUAACCUAAGAAAACACCAGGAGAUCGGUGAUUUUAUCGAUGAGGUAAGGAAAACUGAAAAGGAAGCUUAUGGGGUGGUAGUGAACAGUUUCCAAGAGUUGGAAGCCGAGUACAUGAAAGAGUAUGAAAAAGUGACGAAGCAAAAGAUUUGGUGCAUUGGUCCAGUCUCAUUAUGCAACAAGGACAACUUAGAAAAGGCUCAGAGAGGCAAGAACACAGAAUCCAAUAACGAGAAGCAAAGCCAACAAUAUUUGAAGUGGCUUGAUUCAUGGCCUGCAAGAUCUGUAAUCUAUGUCUGCCUCGGAAGCUUAAACUGUGUACCACCAGAGCAACUGAUGGAACUAGGUUUGGGACUGGAAGCUUCAAAGAGACCAUUCAUCUUGGUGCUGAGAGGAGCAUACAAGAGAGAUGAAAUGGAGAAGCUGCUGAAAGAAGAUGGAUUAGAAGAGAGAGUGAAAGCAAGAGGACUUAUAAUAAGAGGUUGGGUGCCUCAAGUUCUGAUACUGUCACACAAAGCCAUAGGAUCAUUCUUAACACAUUGUGGAUGGAACUCAACACUUGAAGGGAUAUGUAGCGGGGUGCCAUUGAUAACAUUUCCUCUGAAUGCAGAGCAGUUUUUCAAUGAAAAGGUUGCAGUACAGUUGUUGGAGACAGGUGUGAAGGUUGGAGCGGAGACUGCUAUAAAUUUUGGGGAAGAAGACAAGUACGGGGUUCAGGUGAAGAGGGAAAAAGUGAAGGAGGCAAUAGAGAAAGUGAUGGAUGAAGAUGAAGAAAGUGAGAGGAUAAGAGAAAGGGCAAGGAAUUAUGCAGAGAAAGCAAAGAAGGCAAUGCAGAAAGGUGGAUCUUCUUGGCUUAACAUGUCUCUACUAACUGAAGAUAUAGCACAACAUGUCAUGGGGUUGAAGUUGAAUCAGCCUCAACCAAGUCCAAAUGCAUAG